AUGGCUCCGACUAUAGCUGACAAGCCUGACCAGCCGGUCGAUAGAAAGAGAAAAUGGCCAACAACGUCAAAGCUACAGACAUUCGAAUUCGCUCCUACUAUAGCAGAUAAACCGGACCAGCUCAUCAAACGGAAGAAUCAAUGGCCGACAAAUUCGAUGCCAUUAUUGAUACGGUCCGUGCAAAUCGCACAAGAAGCACCUGGGAUGGGGACUGAUAGUGCAGUCAGAACACAACCUAGUGAGCAGCAUGGCAUGUGGCAUGUGGCAUGUGUAUCGCGCGCUACACUGCAUAGCCUGAUAACCUACGAGCCACGCACGGAGAACGAAAAGGGGGAGUUAUUGUUACCAAAGCAUGUCAUCAGCGACUUAGUCCCAAAGUGGGAGGCGGCUUAUGACCACCAACGAUAUCCAGACGAAGUUACACGGCAUGGCGGCAGUCGUCUAAGGGCUGUCCCUACUUAUGAUGCUACCCGUGACCACGAUAGCAAGUUCGUUGCUACAAGGGGAACUCCAGAGCAUGAAAACCGCAGACUCAAACGGACUGUCAAGGACAAGAUAGUGCUUAAUGCUUUAGCUCAAGGCCUCUAUGAUGUGGAGGGUCAGGAAGAAGCUAAAGGACAAGGUGCCGUUCACGCAAAAGGAGACCCGACCAUGGAAGAGCAAUUUAAAGCAACACUAGAGAGGCUAGCCAUGGAAAGAGGCCGUUACGCGAAAAGGAUUACCGAUAUGAAGGUCCGUACAGACGCUGCGAAGUUGGAGUUGAGUCAUCGCAUCAAGGAGUUGGAGAACCAAACCCGAACUAUGCAACGGGCGUUGGUGACUGCCUGGAAUGUCGCGACGGAACUACAAGAGCAUAUCGUCGCCCUGGAGGAGCAACUGGCGCAACGUCCGCAAGCAAUUAUCGCUAUGCCAUACGAAGUUUUUUUACCUCUUUAUGCCCACGUCCGGGCUGGGUCGUCGACAUCCAGAGCAGCGAUAGGGUGAUGACUUUGCGAUCGUCCGC